CGCAUAGCCGUGCGCGUUGUGUGCGCCGACUAACCACACACAAGGCACACUGGGAGGGCAACACCACAGACGUCCGUCACCCCCACGAGCAACCAGCGGCUGACUGCAUUGGAAGAAGCAAGCUCUACUACGAAUCAUCAUCGUGCCGUUGUUGAGGUUUCGGUCGGUUGUAAUUGUCGAGUGAACGUGCUGAGUUUGGGUGAAUGGCCAAGGGGGACUCGGACUUUGAGUGAAGUCUCUUAAAGAUUCUCCCAUCAGCGGUGGAAGACGUCGCCAGCAAACGCCAUCACGAUGGGGUACGGCAGGGCACUGCUGAUGCUCGCCUUUGCGCAGGUGGCGGUGGGCACCAUCCACCAGGCCGGCUACUGCGUCGCCAAGCACGAGUGCGGCCUCAACCCGAACGUCCAGUCGGGCCUCUUGCCGGCGCGGGUGCCGUGCGUGAACAACAGCGAGGCGGAGCCUCUCUCGGGCUUUGCGCUGGAACUUCUGCGCGACCUCUGCCCCAUGCUCUACAAGGGCGAGGGCAAUACGACGGCGUGCUGUGGCAACGACCAGCUGGUCUCGCUCAAGAACAGCAUGGACCUGUCGGUACCCAUCCUGGCCAGGUGCCCGUCGUGCCUCUACAACUUCCGCCUCCUCCACUGCACCAACAUCUGCAGCCCCGACCAGAGCCUCUACGUGAACGUGACGCGCACCUUCGAGACGGUCGUCGACGGCGUCAACAAGACGGGCGUGCUCGCCUUCAACUGCCUGUACACCCGCCGGCUCGCCGAGGAGGCGUUCGAGUCGUGCCAGUCGGUCGCCAUCCCGGCCACGGGCGGAUUCGCCAUCGACGCCAUGUGCGGCGUUUUCGGCAGCACGCUGUGCACCGCGCAGCGCUGGCUCGACUUCCAGGGCGACAUCAGCAACGGGCUGGCGCCCAUCGACAUCGUCUUCGACCUCAUACCCGACGGCGAGACGGCGCCGCAGGAGAGCCAGGGCAUGCGGCAGUUCAACGACACCACCUUCAAGUGCACGGAGGCCGUCGAAGUGGACGGCCCCGCCUGCUCGUGCCAGGACUGCGUCAAGGCCUGCCCCUCGGUGCCGCCGCCGCCUGACCCGCCGGGGCCCUGGAUGUUCGGCCGGCUGGACGCGCCGCUGGCGAUCGGCCUCGUGGUGUUCGCGGGCCUCACGCUUCUGUUCACGGUGUUCGCGGCGCUCUCGCACCUGCUGGGGAGAGGGAGGUCGAAAGGCGGCGGCGGCGGCACGUCGGAUGACGAUCUGCCGCCGGUGGACGCCGCGGACGUCACCUGCUUGGAGAAGUUGGGCGAGAACACGCAGGGCCUCCUGGCGGCGGCGUUCCGUCGCUGGGGCGUGCUCGUGGCGCACAACCCCAUCCCCGUGAUCAUCGCCAGCGUGGUGGUGGUGGCCGCCCUCAGCGUGGGCCUCGUCUUCAUCGAGCUCACCACGGACCCCGUGGAGCUGUGGUCGUCCCCGAGCAGCCGGGCGCGGCAGGAGAAGGAGUUCCACGACGCCAACUUCGGCCCCUUCUUCAGGACCAACCAGCUCAUCCUGCGCAGCAAGGGCGGCAAGGGCUCCCUGUACAAAUCGGUGCUCUUCGGCACUCAGAACUUCAGCAGCACCCUCCAGCUGAACCUCCUGCUGGAGCUGCUCGAGCUGCAGACGCAGCUGCAGGACAUCGAGGUGGACGUGAACGGCACGGCCGUGAGCCUCAAGGACAUAUGCUUCGCGCCGCUCAGCCCCGAGCAGCCCAAGGACACGGACUGCGCGGUCAACAGCCUCCUGCAGUACUUCCAGAACAACAGGACGAGGCUGCUGGCCACGGCGGAGCAGAAGGGGGACGGUGGGCAGAUGGGCACCGCGGACUGGCAUGACCACUUCAUGUACUGCAUCAGGUCUCCCCUCUCCUUCAAGGACGUCACGGCUCUGGAGUUGAGCUGCAUGGCCGAUUACGGGGCCCCCGUCUUCCCGUUCCUGGCCGUGGGCGGCUACCACGACGAGCGCUUCACGGAGUCCGAGGCGCUCAUCCUCACCUUCUCCACCAACAACUUCGCCCGCGACCACCCCAAGUUCGAGUUCGUGCUGGCGUGGGAGGCCGAGUUCAUCCGCAGGGUGCACAAAUACAAGGACGACCCCACCAGCAACUUCACCGUCGUGUUCAUGGCAGAGAGGUCCCUGGAGGACGAGAUCAACCGGACGACGGCCGAGGAUCUGCCCAUCUUCGCCAUCAGCUAUGCGGUCAUCUUCGCCUACAUCGCCCUCGCGCUCGGCGAGUAUUCGAGCUGGAAGAGAGUCCUGAUCGACUCCAAGGUCACGCUGGGCCUGGGCGGCAUCUUCGUGGUGCUGGCCUCGGUGGCCGCCGCCAUGGGCGUCUUCGCCUACGCCGGGGUGCCCUCAUCGCUCGUCAUCCUUGAGGUGGUGCCCUUCCUCAUCCUCGCCGUGGGCGCCGACAACAUCUUCAUCUUCGUCCUCGAGCUGCAGAGGGACGAGCUCAGGAAGGGCGAGAAGCGGGAGGAGCAGAUUGGCCGUGUGCUCGGUGAGGUGGCUCCCAGCAUGCUGCUCUGCAGCGUCUCCGAGUCCGUCUGCUUCUUCCUGGGCACGCUCACCGAGAUGCCGGCGGUACGCACCUUCGCCCUGUCCGCCGGCCUCGCCGUCGUCUUCAACUUCUGCUUGCAGAUGUCCAUGUUCGUGUCCCUGGUGGCGCUCGACUCACGGCGGAGAGACGCCAACCGCAUGGACAUCUGCUGCUGCGUGCGGCCCAGCAACGUGAAGGCACCUGAGCGCAACGAGGGAUUCCUGCUGCCCUUCAUGCGGCGAUACUACUCCCGCUUCCUGCUGCACCGCGUCACCCGCGCCGUCGUGAUGAUCGUCUUCAUCUUCAUGUUCAGCGCGUCGCUCUUCCUGAUGUUCCACGUUAAGGUCGGGCUGGACCAGCGUCUCGCUCUGCCAAAGGACUCGUACGCGCUGGACUACCUCAACGGCCUCUACGAGUAUCUGGAGGUGGGACUGCCCACCUACUUCGUGACGACGGGCGGCUACAACUUCUCGAGCGAGGAGGGCACCAACGCCGUCUGCGGCAGCGCCGGCUGCAACAACGACUCCAUGAUGCAGAAGAUCCAGAUGGCUUGCGAGUACCCGGAACACUCCUAUUUGGCGAUCUCGGCGUCGUCUUGGGUGGACGACUUCGUCGACUGGCUCAACCCGUACUCCUCCUGCUGCCGCCUCUACAGCAUGGGGCACCCGCAGGCCGGCCAGUUCUGCAACUCGACCGUCGACACCCCGCUGGCGUGCAUCAGGAAGUGCAUGCCGGUGUCUCAGGUGCGCCCCAACGUGCAGCAGUUUGAGCACUAUCUGCCCAUCUUCCUCAAGGACGUGCCAACGCUCAAGUGCGCCAAGGGCGGCCUUGGCGCCUACGGCAAUGCGGUGAAGAUGAACGAAGCCGGAGAGAUCAUAGCGUCACGAUUCAUGGCGUACCACGUUCCCAUGACGACGUCCCCCGAGUACACCGCGGGGCUGCUGCGGGCGCGGGAGCUCGCCGACUCCAUCACCCGCAGCAUGCGCGCGGUGCCGGGCACGCACCCGGACUUCACCGUCUUCCCCUACACCAUCACGUACGUGUUCUACGAGCAGUACGAGACGAUGGUGCGCGACGGCGCCGUGAACCUCGCCGUGUGCCUGGUGCCCACCUUCGUCGUGUGCUGCGUUGUGCUGGGCCUCGACAUCCUGUCGGGCGCCAUCAACCUCUUCGUCAUCGUCAUGAUCGUCAUCGACACGCUGGGUGUCAUGACCCUCUUCUCCAUCGAGUUCAACGCCAUCUCGCUCAUCAACCUCGUCGCGGCCGUGGGCAUCUCGGUAGAGUUUGUGUCUCACAUCACGCGCGCCUUCGCCGUCAGCGUGCGGCCUACCAAGGUGGCGCGCGCCCGGGAGGCCAUCACCACCAUGGGCAGCGCGGUGCUGGCCGGGGUGGCGAUGACGAACCUCCCCGGGAUCAUCAUCCUCGCCUUCGCCAAGGCCCAGCUGGUGCAGGUCUUCUUCUUCCAGCUGAACCUCGCCAUCACGCUCCUGGGAGCCGUGCAUGGGCUCAUCUUCCUGCCCGUUGUGCUCAGCUACUUCGGUCCCAGGAUCAACAAAGCGACGCUGCUGAAGCUGCAGACGCAGAGGGCCCAGAAAGGAGACCACGAAUUCUCUCCCCGCGAGUGCGACACCGAGAGCAGCAAACACAGCGAGCGCGACGCCGGGAGCCACGCCGGGAGCCACGCCGGGAGCCACGCCGGGAGCCACGCCAAGAGCCACGCCAAGAGCCACGCCGACAGCUCGCCAGGAUCGACGCGCAAGUCGGAGCCCUCCUCCCCCGCGGGGUCGACGCGCAAGGCCAACGGGAGCGCCGUGACGAAUCCCGAGCCCCUGUACGAGGUGGUGGACAACUCCGCCUUGUGAUGGCGCAGAACGCUCCCGCGAGAGUCGCCGGUGCUGUCGGAGCGUCGGUCGUCCUUCACCGGGAACGUCGCGAGGGGACGCGGCGGAGACCCGGGGGGGUGGGGGGGGGGGGGGGGGGCGGAGGUCGCGGUCGGCGCCAGCCGCGUUGGCCGUGAGCUCUUCGCUUGCUGCACAGAGUAGUCGCCCGCUCUCACGGUCCACCCGGCGCCCACGUGCGCGCCGCUUUUGUCGCUCCGUCUCCCGCGGUCGGACGUCCCGUCCGCGUGGCGAUGAUGCUCCGUCACAAGCCACACGCGCUCCCGAGCGGUCAGUGUGACGUCAGGACCGUGCGAUGUUCACUAAUCCGUGUGUCCCCAUUCCUACCAUAUCUGAGAUUUCAUAAUUAAUUACGUUGUUUUAACAGUGGAGAUUUUAUCCCCAUAGCCCCUCCCCCCUUGGCCCCCAUAGGUCUUCCCCCUUGGCCCCCAAAGACCCUACCUCUUA